CCGGCGCAAGUGAGCACGGGGCUCGGGGAACAGUUAUUGAAUGAAUGAGUGGCCCAAGCAAAAGAGAGGCCUGAACUCAGACCAGGGCAGCGACAUGGAAAAGAAGGGCCAGAUGCCGGAAAUCCACUGGGCUUGAAGUUGGCCAACUGUGGCAACUCACUGGUUGGAGAAGUCUAAAGAUGACCAGGGGUUCUGGGGACCAUUAGUGGUCCCAUUAGCGGGAAGAAGAGAGCAGUAGGGCGGUAGCAUGUUUUAUAGGACGGUGAGAGAGACAGGUGCCGAGAGGGUGGCUUGUGUUGACUUACCUGCUUGCAGCACAUUCACAUCUGAGUGGAAGCAGAGAGUGAGUUUAAAUGUCCCAGAAAUGUGGUUUCCAUUAAAUCACCCCAUAAUUGAGAGCAGAAAGGGGGAUUAUGGAAGACAUAGGUGGACCAUCUAUACCUGGUUGCAAACCACCUAGGAGUUUUCCUUCCUAGGUGAGUUUCCUCUGGCCAGAUCUCAGGGCAGGGGUUGGGUGGGGGGAGGAGGGGAUUAGCAAGGACUUCCCCGCUGCUCCCCUGGAGAAGACCCUCUACUCAGAGAACAUGUUUGCUUAAGGGAUAAAGCUUCAGGCUCCUAAGCUUGGGAGUUCAGGCCUCUUGGGCAGGGAGACUGCUCUGUGGUUGGUUGAGAGAUUCGUUCUCUUUAGAAGGCAGCAUGGUAUGGGUGGGAAGAGAGGCAGGAUUAGAGUUAGCCUACUUGAUUAUGAGCCUUGCCUUGGCCUCCGCCCCACUGGCCACUUUCCCUUGCCAAACCUCAGUUUCUCUGUCCAUAGAAUGGGAAUAAUAAUGUCUCCCUCGCAGGGUUGUCACAAGGAUCCCAUGAGAUAAUCGAAGUGCCUGGCCCAUAGUACCAUAGGUUGUUGUCAGGGGAAGCUGAUGGAGAAUCGCGCUCUGGAUCCAGGGACUCGGGACUCCUAUGGUGCCACCAGCCACCUCCCCAACAAGGGGGCCCUGGCAAAAGCCAAGAACAACUUCAAAGACCUGAUGUCCAAGCUGACGGAGGGCCAGUAUGUGCUGUGCCGCUGGACCGAUGGACUGUAUUACCUCGGGAAGAUCAAGAGGGUCAGCAGUUCUAAGCAGAGCUGCCUUGUGACUUUUGAAGAUAAUUCCAAAUACUGGGUCCUGUGGAAGGACAUACAACAUGCUGGUGUUCCAGGGGAGGAGCCCAAGUGCAACAUCUGUCUGGGGAAGACGUCAGGGCCGUUGAAUGAGAUCCUCAUCUGUGGGAAGUGUGGCCUGGGGUACCACCAGCAGUGCCACAUCCCUAGAGCGGGCAGUGCGGACCGGCCCCUGCUCACACCUUGGUUCUGCCGACGCUGCAUCUUCGCGCUGGCUGUGCGGAAAGGCGGCGCGCUGAAGAAGGGCGCCAUCGCCAGGACGCUGCAGGCCGUGAAGAUGGUGCUGUCCUACCAGCCCGAGGAGCUCGAGUGGGACUCGCCCCACCGCACCAACCAGCAGCAGUGCUACUGCUACUGCGGCGGGCCGGGAGAAUGGUACCUGCGGAUGCUGCAGUGUUACCGGUGCCGGCAGUGGUUCCACGAGGCCUGCACCCAGUGCCUCAACGAGCCCAUGAUGUUCGGAGACCGGUUCUACCUGUUCUUCUGCUCCGUGUGUAACCAGGGCCCGGAGUACAUCGAGCGGCUGCCCCUGCGAUGGGUGGAUGUGGUUCACCUGGCCCUCUACAACCUGGGGGUGCAGAGCAAGAAGAAGUACUUUGACUUUGAGGAGAUUCUGGCCUUUGUCAACCACCACUGGGAGCUCCUGCAGCUUGGCAAGCUCACCAGCACCCCCGUGACUGACCGAGGACCACAUCUCCUCAAUGCGCUGAACAGUUACAAAAGCCGGUUCCUCUGUGGCAAGGAGAUCAAGAAGAAGAAGUGCAUCUUCCGUCUGCGUAUCCGUGUCCCCCCCAACCCCCCAGGGAAGCUGCUGCCUGACAAGGGCCUGGCGCCCACUGAGAGCGGCGCCUCCUCUGAGCUGCGUAAGAGAGGAAGGAACAAGCCUGGUUUGUUGCCUCACGAAUUCCAGCAGCAGAAAAGGCGAGUUUAUAGAAGAAAAAGAUCAAAGUUUUUGCUGGAAGAUGCUAUUCCCAGUAGCGACUUUACCUCAGCCUGGAGCACCAACCACCACCUAGCCAGCAUAUUCGACUUCUCACUGGAUGAAAUUCAGAGCUUAAAAAGCGCCAGCUCAGGCCAGACCUUCUUCUCAGACGUGGACUCCACUGACGCCGCCAGCACCUCUGGCUCGGCCUCCACCAGCCUCUCCUACGACUCCAGACGGACAGUGGGCAGCCGCAAGAGGAAGCUGGCAGCCAAAGCGUAUAUGCCGCUGCGGGCAAAGCGGCGGGCAGCCGAGCUGGGUGGGCGCUGCCCCUCGGACAGCAGUGCCGAGGGGGCUUCGGGCCCCGAGCGGCCGGACGAAGGCAUCGACAGCCACACCUUCGAGAGCAUCAGUGAGGAUGACUCGUCCUUGUCCCACCUCAAGUCAUCCAUCACCAACUAUUUUGGCGCGGCCGGGCGGCUAGCCUGUGGGGAGAAGUACCAGGUGUUGGCCAGGAGGGUCACGCCCGAGGGCAAGGUUCAGUACCUGGUGGAGUGGGAAGGGACCACCCCUUACUGACUCGCUCCAGGAGAUGCCAGGAGCCUGGAAACCAAUGGAGAGACACUCCUCUCCAGGCGGGGAUGGGGGAGGAAAGCAAGAGACAGCUCCCAGUGCCUGGCAAAAGGCCCUUCGCGCCCGCCUGCCAGGCUGAGGCCUGCGCCACUCUGCGUGCCCAUUCUGCUCUUGGGCCUCCUCCGGCUCCUCACCCCUUUGCCUGUGUCUCUAAGGUCCCACUGGCUAUGCCUCAGUGUCUCCACACACCCCCGCAAACUGUUUACCUGUAACUCUGAAUUGGCGUUCCCCUGGCUCUCCGACCCUUUCUCCUGAGGCCCGAGUCUUUCUCUUUGUCUGUGUCCCUCCCUCCCACCCCUUCUGGGUGUGUGCGUGUACACACUCACGCACGCACGGCUGUCCCUCUCCUGGAUGCCCUUCGCCCCUGACCCAUGCGCAGCCAGUCGACCCCCGGAUCGCAUUGUAAGAACAGGAACCAUGAAGCAUUGCUGAAGGUAGAGAAGAGGACACGCCUCUCAGAGCUUUUCCCCUCCCGCCUUCCUGCCACUCCCUGCUGCCCUUGGCCAGGGGUGGUGAGGGUGGGAGACCACCUCUGUGAAAGCCUGGGAGGCAGAGAGCCUGGGACUUGGGAUCUGAUGCCCGAAGAGGCUGGGUCUCUGCCUCCGACGGCACCAACGCCAGAGCCCAGUGACUAAGGCUAAGCGUAAAGGCUGUGGGUGUCAGCUUCCCAGGUCCCAGGAGUCGUCCUCUCCCUGGCCACAGCCCCUCACAGUUGCCAAGGAGCUGCGCCUGGCCUUGCUGGAAUGAAGUGGCCUGGAAAACCUGCAGGAGAGGAAGUGGGAGGAAAGGAAGCGCUGUCAUGCUAACCUUCAGAUGUCUCCUGUGCCUCCCAGCCCCCGACCCACCACACACGCGGCCAGACAAUACACACUCACACAGAAGCCCCCAUCACCCGUGUGCUUUCACCCUCCGGAGUACACACCACACACACCCACACCACACACCCCCACUCCCUCUGGUACCAGCCUGGUCCCUGCCCCUGGCUCUCCCUUGGCCCUCUUCAGGGCCACGUGCUGCAACCACACGCGGAAGUCCAGCCCCUCCCCCCUUCUUUCAGCCAUGAACCAGCUGUGACCCCGCGGGGAGGCACAGAGGACGCCUACCCUCUUCCUUAGCCCCUGCUGUGCCCUGAGAUUGACAAUCACUUUUUGGGACAGGUUGGGAUUUUCAAAGGGCUUGUGUUAUUCAGUCCCCUCAAAGGAAAGCCUUUGUCCGUGGGGUUAAAAAUAGAAUUCUUAGAACUGACAUUACAACUCCUACCCAUCUGGAGGAUAACCAAAAGUGAGACGGGGAGGGGGACCCCUCAUUUUUGCUGCUUCCAGAGAUAUUAGAAACUGACAUGAUUGGAAAGUAGAAAGAAGUGCCUUCACUAGGGCAGGGGCUGGGCCAGAUGGGCACCAGCCUUGCCAACCGCUGCUGCGGCCCCCAGCUUGGCUGGGUUUUGCAGGCCGCCAGCUGUGGGGCAAAGGUGGAUGACCAGAGGGGUGGCGUGGGAGCAGCGGGCCUGGGGAGCUGGUUUUUCUAUUGCUAGGCUCAGCCCCUCCCCAUCUGUGAGCAUCAGGGAGUCCCUGAGAUCAUCCAGAUGCCCUUUGCCUCAAACUUAGCUCCUAUAGUGCCUUUCACACAGGACCUCACCUCCUGCACACGGCCCACCCACUUCCCUCUGCUACCCUAGCGUGAGCCAGGCAGGGAACAGCUGGGGGUGGGCCCCGUUCUCUCCCUUCUCAGCCCCACAGCUGCUGCCACUGAAGCCCCCAACUGGGGCCAGAUGGAAGGGGAGCUGAGAAGCCAGCCCCCGCCUGGCAGGGGUGUGGGACCUGGGAUCCGAUCUGUGGCUUCCGAGGGUACAGCAACCCCUCCCCCCCCCAGGCCUGCUUUCUAGGGUUCUGAGAAAGCACAGGUUGAGCAAGGCCUGCCACAGUGCACCUGUACCUUCUCUACUCAAGCUCCGGAGAGGCUCUGGGCCUGAAGAAGGGGAAGGGGGGAAGGGGGUGUCUUCCUCAUUUGGAAAGUCAGCAUAAGGCCUAGUAAGGCCACCUUGACUCCACAUCCCAGCAUUUCAUUACCAGUUAACAGCUGCAUUACUGCCAACUUACCUUAUAAUAACCCUAUGCACCUUUGAAAAGAUUUAUGGUUUUGAAUUUGCUGCUUUUAAUAACAUUUGUUAUAUUAAAGUUAUAAUUAAUGUG